CGACGAGUGAACGUCGCCGAUGCGAUGCGCACACCGGUUCCGUGAACGCAUACCAACGCGGCCCCCGCGGCAUCCGUACGCCACGAACCAACUCCACGCGUACCACGUGACAAUCAUUUGCUCGAAUCGCGCGCAGUACCAGCCAAUCUCCAAUCUCGAUCACGGCGGUCGUACGGUAAACAAAAACACGUGGACCGACGACGACAACAACAACAACAACAACAAUAAAAACUAAGUAACGUACUGUGGCGGGGGCGGUGGCGAGCAGUAGACGGCAGCUGCUGUCUCGGCGGUGCCGGAGAAGACUACAGCGCCGAUCGUACGACGACAUUGCGCGAUUGGCGGUCGACGGGAUGUGUGCGGGCGAAAACGAACGAGAACGUCGUCGGACGGCGACACCUAAACACGGAAAACGAAGACUGCGGUUCGUAAUGUUUUUGUAAUCGUAUUAAAAAAAAUUAAAUACGGACAAGUCAUUGUGCGGCGCACGCACCGCGCGCAUGUACCCGAGUACGCCGAAGAUAAGCUGGCCUAACGUUUAUUCCGUUGCCGACCGUUACGCCACCGCGCCGUAUUAAUAUCGGUUAAACCGUCGUCGGUCGACCGCGAUAACGAGCGCAAACGCCGCGUGUCUAAUAAGCGGUUCGAACUUCGAGGUUCGAGCCAGCCACGUUCCGGACAGUAUUCCACACGGUCGUGACAAUGAGCGCGCACGAGGCCGGCCGGCCGUCCGUCCGAUGACGACGACGACGACGACGACCGAAUCGCCAACGAUAAUAGCAAUAAUCGAUCGCGUAAAAGCCGUCGCCGCCGAAAACCUUACCGACAAUACCGACCGACCGAUCGACCGACCGUUAGCCGACCGGUCAACCAACAGCUACCGCCAUGGUCCUGUGUUUUGGUUGCUGUUCUCGUGGAGACUAUUUACCAAUAGAUGAUGGAUCGCCAUCUCAUCACAUUAACAAUUUAGAUGUAGAAUACAUUGACAUAAAAUGUGGAUAUUCUUAUAACCUAGUGAAAAAAAUAAUAUUUAAUAUAAUUGCAAUAUGCAUGGUUGGUGUACCUUACUUAGCCAUUCAUUGGUCAAUAAAAUUAAAAUUAUAUCUACUUAUGACUCCUAGUCCAUUAUCAACUUCCGACAUUGUUCUCGUUACUGACGCGAAUAAUAGCGAUGCCAUAUACGAUGUACAAAUUUCAACAAUAAAAGACUCAAACGGAAAAAGAAAAACCGUAAGAUAUUUUAAACAUCAAUUACUUAAAUAUAUAUGGGAUGAGAAUGAAAAUGUAUUCAAAUUUCUACAAGGUCUUGAUAAUGGAACAACUACACUAUCAAAUUUGUUAGAAAAGUGUCAUGGUCUCACAUCUGAUGAAUAUCUAAACCAGUUAGAGCUUUUUGGCAAGAAUGAAGUGAUUGUAGAAGUAUAUUCUUACUGGAAAUUAUUUUUUGCUGAAGUGUUGAAUCCAUUUUACGUCUUCCAAAUAUUUAGCAUAUGUCUAUGGUUUUUUGAUGACUAUGAAUACUAUGCUUUAUGCGUAUUAGUUAGUUCAGCUUUUUCUAUUGGGACUUCAUUAUAUCAACUGAAAUCGCAAAGUCAAUCACUUAAAGAAACUGUAGAUACUUAUAAUAAUGAUAUUUAUACUGUCCUAAGAAGAGACGAAGAAAGUGUAAAAGUCAGAGCUCAAUACUUAGUGCCUGGAGAUGUAAUUGUAAUACCACCAGGUGGCUGCAAUAUUGCUUGUGAUGCUUUAUUGUUAUCUGGUAAUUGUAUUGUCGACGAAAGUCUUUUAACAGGAGAAAGUGAGCCAAUAACAAAAAGUCCUCCUUUGUCAAUUGAAGAAUUUUGUUAUAGUAGUUCUUCACAUAAACAUCACACAUUGUAUUGUGGAACCAAGAUUUUACAGUCAAGAUUUUACUCUGGAGCUCAAGUAUUAGCUCUAGUGGUUAGGACUGGAAGUUCUACAGCUAAAGGGAAUUUAAUACGUUCAAUUAUGUUUCCAAAAGAUAUGGAUUUUGAAUUUUAUUUGGACUCCAUAAAAUUUGUUUUAAUCAUGUUUAUUGUCGCUACCGUUGGAAUGCUUUACUGUGCCUAUUUAUACAUGAUAAGAGAUGCUUCUAUUGAGUACAUCGUCAUAAGAAGUCUGGACAUUUACACUGUGGUUGUUCCCCCUGCAUUACCAGCUGCUAUGACAAUUGGUAUUGUGCAUUCUAUGAAACGCCUGAAACGACUUAAAAUAUAUUGCACAAGUCAAUCCCGUAUAAAUGUUGCUGGUAAAAUAAAGCUGGUUUGUUUUGAUAAGACUGGCACAUUAACUGAAGACGGAUUGCACUUUUAUGGACUAUUGCCUCGUGAUGAUCUAAAAUGUGUAACAAAUAUUUAUGAUAAUUUAGUGAAAGAUUUAUCUCAAAUAGAUGUCAGGUCACCAAUAAUUGCUACAAUGGCAUCUUGUCAUUCAUUAACUCACAUUCACGGAUCACUGGCUGGAGAUCCAUUAGAUUUGAGCAUGUUUAAUGCAACUGAUUGGGAAUUGGAAGAGCCAGGAGCAGAUAAUUCAAUGUAUGAUAACUUAUUACCUCCCAUAGUAAGACCGUCUAAAAAAUUAUAUCUAGAUGAAUCGCCAAUUGAAAUCGGUAUUGUACAUCAAUUUCCCUUUAAUUCAAAAACACAGAGCAUGUGUGUUAUUGGUCAAGUGUUUGGUACUCGGGGUUACACAGCAUACUGUAAAGGUGCUCCAGAAAAGAUUAUCCAAAGCUGCUUAAAAGAAACAAUUCCUACAAAUAUUUUUUCUGUUUUGGAAGAAUUUGGUUCAUCUGGGUACCGAGUAUUAGCAUUGGCAUACAAAGAUUUGCCAAAAAAAGUUAAUUGGAAAUCAUUAAAUCAUAUUAAAUUAGAAAAUAUUCAGUGUGAUUUAAAUUUUCUUGGAUUUCUGGUUAUGCAAAAUAAACUUAAACCACAAUCUUCUAAUGUAAUUCAACAAUUGAGAACAGCAAAUAUAAAAUGUGUCAUGGUUACAGGGGAUAAUUUAUAUACUGGAAUAAGUGUAGCAAGAGAGUGUUCUAUGAUCCCAUCUAAUAUCAAUAUUGCAGUACUAACAGCAACACCUAGUACUGAAAUAAAUAAAGCAGAAAUCAAACUUGAGCCUACCUUGGGACAUAGCUUUGAUAUACAAGACGAAAAAGUAUGUUAUGCAAUUGACGGGAGGUCAUGGUCUGUUUUGGAAUCAGAUUUUCCAAAUUGGUUACCUUAUAUUGUUUCUAAAGGUCUUGUGUUUGGACGAAUGUUACCAGAACAAAAAAUGAAACUUGUGGAAUAUUUUCAAAGUAUGGGCUAUGUGACAGCUAUGUGUGGUGAUGGAGCAAAUGAUGCUGGGGCAUUAAAAGUUGCUCAUGUUGGCAUUUCACUUUCACAAGCUGAAGCUUCUAUAGCAGCACCAUUUACUUCUCAAAUAACAAAUAUCUCAUGUGUUACUAAUGUAAUACGAGAAGGACGAUGUGCUCUGGUUACUAGUUUUGGAAUAUUUAAAUAUAUGACAUGCUACAGUUUAAUACAAUUUAUUACAUUAGUUUUACUUUAUAGCAGAGGUAUUAUGUUGGGAAAUUUUCAAUUUUUAUACUUUGAUUUUGUUCUUACUACAUCUUUAGCUAUUGUAAUGAGUGAUAUCGAUCCUACUGAUAAAGUUCAUCCUCACCGUCCUUUGUCUAAAAUUCUGACUGCAAAAAACUUAAUACCACUAUUUUUGCAAUUGUUGGUUUGUGCUUUAAUUCAAAUAGGAUCACUAUACUACUUAAAAUUACAAAAUUGGUAUGUGCCUACAAGUCCUGCAUGGUCAGACGAAGACGUAAUUUCAUGUUGGGAAAAUACUACAUUGUUUUUAACCAGUUCAUACCAGUACAUUAUUUUAGCAUUUGUAUUGAACAAGGGGUAUCCUCAUCGGAAACCGUUUUACCAAAAUUUAUUUUUCACAACUGUCAUUGUGAUAUUGACUUUAUUUACGCUGAUGUUGCAAAUCACAAGAAAUUCUACGUUUACAGACAUAUUCGAUAUGGUCAAUCUGAAAAAUUCACCCCAUGAAAAAGAACAGCGGCUUUUCCUAAUUACUCUACUUUCUUUUCCUAUUUUAAAUCUUUACCUAGCUAUCUAUAUCGAGGAGUUUGCCGAGUCGACUUUUAUGAAAAAAAUAUUAAGCACCAUUAAACAGAAAAAAAAGCCUAAAAAUCCUUAUAAUCAGCUGAUUGCUAGUCAGCCUAACAUAUUUAUAUAAAAAAUUACAAAAUAUUAUUUAGAGUGAAUGCAUUCUUUUUUGAAAUGUUAUUCUGUUUGAUUAUAGGUAAUCUCAAAUCAAAUUGUCACCUAUGUCCUACUUAAAUCAUACUAAUUUAAUUUUAUGAGAAAUGUUUAAUUAUUAAAUAUUGGAUUAUAAGUAUUUUGAUAAUAAAA